AUGAGACGCAUUCAACACUGGCUCCUCGUCUCCAUCCAAGCGACGUUCUUCUCUUGUCCUCUGUCCACCUUCUCCUCCUUCGCACCUAUCGAUCCUCUCCGAUCCCUCACGCAGACACCCGUCCAUCCCCCUCAACCCCAAUCCGCGUUGGGUGAUCUCCCGCACGGCCACAGCAAGCAGCAGCCACCGCCGUCCGCCGUCUCCUCCGCGGCGAACAUCGUCUCAGCUCCGGUUGUGGUUGAUGCCAAACCUGGAAAAUGA